AUGGCAACAUCCAGCACAUGUAUAUGCGGCGUGUGUGAUUCCCAACAUGUCACCAACGAUGCACAACAUUGGUGUCCUGAAUGUGAGGAAGGGCUUUGUCCUAACUGUCUUAUAUUUCACAAAUCUUCUAAGCUUUCACGGGGGCAUGGCAUUAUUUCAAUAGAAAAUUAUAAACAGUUACCACAGUACAUUAAAAGUAUACGUCAGCACUGUCCGGACCAUGAUAGAAAGUACCAGCACUAUUGCCCUUGCCAUGAAGUCCCCUGUUGUCCUUUCUGUAUAACCACAAGCCAUAGUGAAUGCAAGGGUUUGCAAGUGUUAGAGGAGGUCGUGAAGACAUCGGAAUUAUCAAGUCAGUAUGAGGACAUCCAACAAAGUUUGAGAGAUAUAGAAAAUAACAUUGAACAAAUAAAGAUAGACCGAGAAAGAAAUCUUAAGAGUAUUCAGGAAGAGCGAAGCGAAUUUCAGAAUGAAAUCAAACAGGUCCGUCGCCAAAUAAAUGCACAUCUUGAUAAACUUGAGAAGCAAGCUAUUGAAAAUUUAGAAUCUACUGAAGAUCGAAUUAAACAUCAGAUUGCACAACUUUUAAGCAAUCUUUCCAACAGCGGUAAGGAGGUAGAAGAUUUAAAAAAUAUCGCUACAUCAAUGACAAACAAUGCCUCAGAUUUACAGAGAUUUCUUGGGAAGAAACAGAUUGAAUCAGAUAUCACAUAA